AUGUUUUCUCCUCUCUGUCUGUCUGUCUGUCUGUCUGUCUGUCUGUCUGUCUGUCUCUCUCUCUCUCUCUCUCUCUAUAUAUAUAUAUAUAUAUAUAUAUAUAUAUAUAUAUUAUUUUAUUUUAUUUUUUUGAUUCCCAGAUUUUCCAUAAUGAGCCUGGAGUUUUUUUUAGAGGGGGAGCAGGUCAAAUUCAUAAACAAUGAAAGAGGGACUUCCCUGGCAGUCCAGUGGUUAAGACUCCAUGCUUCCAAUGCAGAAGGCAUGGGUUUGAUUUCUGGUCAGGAAACUAAGAUCCCACAUGCUGUGCAGUUCAGCCAAAAAAGUAUUUAA